GUCAGGAGUGUGUCCCCAUUAGCACAGUUGGUCCAUGGGAGCUCCCAGGAGAUCUGGCAGACGGGCCACUAUGGACCCAUUUGCAGAGGCACACUCAGAAAAGCGGACAUAUCUACUGCUGUGGUGGUCAAGACACUCCGGGGUAUGUGUUGUACUGUCCAGCGCAAACAGAGGCUGUGUGUGUGUGGAACAUAGUUGCAUCUAUUUGGAGAGUUUUCCCCAAUAAAGUUUGAGGUAUGGGAUAGCUUUGUGAGUACCUCGCAGGUAAAAACAAACAUAAUUUAGGACUUGCCCUCUUAGAGGGAAUUUCCCAUCCCACUGCAUAAAAAACAACAAGUAAAAUGGAUGUUGUUCCUUCUUUGAGAAGAUGAAAACUUUUGUGCAAUAUACUGUAUCUCCUUUCAGAUGUCUUAAAUCAGCCUGAGGCAAAAUAGUUUGUGGACGGGAUCCUUUUACAUGGGACAGUGUGUAAACACCACCACCUGGUCCGGAUGCUGUACUGCCAGACCCAGCGACUACCCAUCUACCUGGUUAUGUAGUCCUUGCAACCCCCUGCACUACUAUGGACCCUGAGGAAUGUAAAACAAUGGCCGGGACCUCAAGUUCAACUUUAUUAGCUGUAACAAAUACAUUGGAAAUCGUACACACCAGUGCUCUUACUAAUAAACCAUGUUGAAUAUGAAUAAUAUUGUAUUUCUAUUCCCAAUAUUAUGUAAAUUCAUUAAUCAAUUUUUCAGAUACAUUUAAUUGAAAGGUCCACAGAUAAAUAAUUGGUCAAUUAAAAUUUCAAUCAUCCACUGACUUAACUGAAUAAGAUUAAAUACAUUUCCCUUCUCUCCAGAGGGAUUCGGAGUCCUUGGAUCCACUCCAGCACUUUCCGGUGGCAAAGCAGAUGGCAGCAGGCCUGAUAAGUUGGAGGUGCCAAAAUGACAAGCUGGCCAAUCAGAGGACAGCUGAGGUCCCUCUCAAAUGGCAGGCUCCAGAGAGGAUGAUGAAGCAUCCAACCACAGACAGGAGUGAUGUGUGAGCGUUGGGAUUUAAUCUGUGUUUGGGAAUCUGCCCCGUAGCCUAGAGUAUACAUAGACAUUUGUUUGUUUUAUUAACGUUCAGACAAAAUAUUUCUACAUUACUUUCAGUUGCUUUUUGUAACAUCCCAACAUGCUUGAUAGCUUGUUUUGUCUCCCCCUCAGAUGGUCUUUUGGAAUCUGUAUGAAUUGAUCACAUUGGGUAACUGUUACUUUGCACAUAUCUGAUUUAAAGUAAUUUUGCAAAUGUACCUCAACAAUAACUUGUUUUAGUGGAGAACCCUUUUAAAUCUGUCCAUCCCUGGCCAAAAACAGUCUGUAUAUCUCAUUAUGUAUAUUUAAUCACUCCACAGCCAAUGUAAAACCCAUUAUUAGCUGUGUAAUGCCUCCAUGUUGUAACCACCUAUUUAAUGUAAUUGGGCUCUCUCAUUCUGUGCUAUUCAGAUCUCUCAGGUAUGACCUGAUGAAGUACUGCUGGAUGUGGAGCUUCAAGGACCGCCCUGUGUCCUCCGCCAUCAUCAAGCUUCUGGAGUCCUACACAUACCUGGAUGACACUACAGACAUCUACAUCCCAGAGGGCAGACAACUUGAACUACAGCAAGAGGGC